AUGGCAACACCAGUUGAACCUCCAAAUGGGAUUAAAUCCCAAGGCAAGCAUUACUAUUCCAUGUGGCAAACCUUGUUUGAGAUAGAUACUAAAUAUGUGCCCAUCAAACCUAUUGGUCGAGGGGCAUAUGGUAUUGUUUGCUCGUCCAUUAACAAGGAAACCAAUGAGAGGGUUGCAAUUAAGAAGAUACACAAUGCAUUUGAAAAUCGUAUUGAUGCUCUGAGAACUUUGCGUGAACUGAAACUUCUCCGUCAUCUUAGACAUGACAAUGUGAUUGCUUUGAAAGAUGCCAUGAUGCCUAUCCAUAGGAGAACUUUCAAGGAUGUCUAUAUGGUUUAUGAACUUAUGGACACAGACUUGCAUCAGAUUAUCAAGUCCUCCCAAGCACUUACGAAUGACCACUGCCAAUAUUUUCUCUUCCAGUUGCUUCGUGGCCUGAAGUAUCUCCACUCUGCAAACAUUCUUCAUCGUGACUUGAAGCCAGGGAACCUACUUAUCAAUGCAAACUGUGACCUGAAAAUAUGUGACUUUGGGCUUGCACGCACAAGUAAUGGUAAGGAUCAGUUCAUGACGGAGUAUGUGGUUACUCGCUGGUAUCGUGCCCCGGAGGUUCUCCUUUGCUGUGACAACUAUGGGACUUCUAUCGAUGUGUGGUCUGUUGGUUGCAUAUUUGCUGAACUUCUUGGCCGCAAACCCAUCUUCCCUGGUUCAGAGAGUCUCAACCAGCUUAAACUGAUUAUCAACAUCGUUGGCAGCCAGAGGGAAGAUGAUCUUGAGUUCAUUGAUAACUCAAAGGCGAGGAAGUACAUUAAAUCACUUCCAUUUUCCCCUGGCCUCCCCUUUUCCCGUCUUUAUCCCCUGGCCAAUCCUUUGGCAAUUGAUUUGUUACAGAAGAUGCUUGUCUUUGACCCAUCGAAGAGGAUUAGUGUUAGUGAAGCACUCCAACACCCUUACAUGGCUCCCCUGUAUGAUCCAAGCUGUGAUCCUCUGGCACAGGUGCCAAUCGAUCUUGACAUAGAUGAGGAUUUAGGGGAGGAGAUGAUAAGGGAGAUGAUGUGGAAGGAAAUACUUCAUUACCAUCCUGAAGCUGCUACUUUGAGUUCGGAGGUAAACUAAUAACCUUCACUCCUUGGGUGUUGCAUAAAGGCCUUUGAAGGUGGUUGUGCCCAUGCCACUAGUUUUUCUUUUUAUUUAUUUUUACUUUUUCAUCCUGUUCUAAUAAUCAUGAGAAAUAAUUCCCCAGCAGUUUGUGCUGUAGAUGCAUGAUGUUAGAAGUAUUUUCUUCUAAUACCUUCCUUAUGUGCUUUAUCUCCACAUGGAAGGCUGUUAAAUGUGUAUAUAGUUGUGCUGUUUUAUGUUAUAAGUUCUUCUUCUUUUUUUUUUUCUCUCGCAAACGAAGUCCUGUACAUUAUAUUUGACAAUACUAGUAUGAUUAUUGAGUGUGUAUGAAUAUGCCCACUUUUCUUGGGCCAAAUGAC